ACACAAUUUUAAAAAAACAGAAGAGAUACCUCCCAUUAGGCGCGAGAAGAUGGCGACGACCAUGGUUGGAAGCUGCUUCAAAGGCAGCAAACUUCAAGCACUUUAUCUGGGCUUAAAAAAAUUGCAGAUCAGCAUUAACAACAGUGGUCCUAAUGCUAAUUUAAAAGAAGCAUCCAGUCAUACGUGUAGAAAUUUCUCUAACAAGCAAGGGCACUUCAUUAAUAUAAAGAAAGGAGUUCUAGAUGUACCUAUGCCGAAGAAACCGCAACAUCCUGGUGGUAUUUUUUUCACUUUCGUUAAGGAAGUGGAACCGAUUAUCAAACAAAAGCACCCAGAAAUUACUUCACAAGUCCAAAUGGUUAUUAAAGCCUCUGAAAUGUGGAGAGACUUAGAUCCUGAAGAAAAAGCACGUUUGACACUGAAGAGACGUGAAGCAUAUGAAAAAUACAAACAAGAAGUAAAGAAUUACUAUGAUAAUUUAACACCCUUACAAAUCCAACAUAAAGAAGCACUCAGCCUGCUUACAAAAGCAAAAAAAGUUAACAAGGAAAGGAAAGCUUUGGGCAUACCUUCUAAAGCUCCUGGGGCUUUCUGUUACUUUAUGUCAGAAAAGUUUAGAGAACGAGACCCUGACAUCUCAGCAGCAGCCCGGUUGAAAAUUAUUGUUACUCGCUGGAAAGAAAUGACUGAGGCUGAAAAAGAGCCAUAUGUUACAUUAGCAAAACAAAACAGAGACUUACAUGAAUCCGCAAUGAAUGAAUGGGAAAAAAAGAUGAUAUCAUUGGGAAGAUUUGACUUGAUUAGAAAGAAUACAUUGAAAAAGCUAGACAAAGGAGAAAACUUGGAUGGAAAACCUGUUUCCAAAUCUAAACGUGUUACAUUUGCUCCUGAUGUUAAAGAAGAGUAA